GUAAAAUCACAAAUAAAAUUUUAUGGAUUUCUUUUCUUCUAACAUUUAACACUAUUCAGUGAUAAUUGAUGGCAAAAAUGAAACAGGCAUAAAAUAAUGCUUAUCCGUUGUAUGCGGGGCCGAUUAACUUUCAAGCUUUACGUAGUUUUUACUAUUGUUUUUAUAUUUAUUGUGACUGGCUAUUUGUUUCCUCAAUUUAAGCUUAAUCCUAUUGCUCCCGUGACUGUUGCACCUGGAGCACCUCUGAAGACAUCCCGUCACUUGUCGAAGGCUUUGACGGUCGUUUUCCGGCAGUUCGAGGAGUUUGAGAACGAUGUCGCCGACAGCGUGCAGUCAUUUGUUUCGGCCUUCCCCAACAUGCCAGUGCUGGUGGUGUCCAAGAACGUGCCCUACCCGCCGUUCCCAUUCUCAGUCAAUAACGAGACAUUGCGGAACGUAAAAGUGAUUUCACUGGAGCUAAGACUCAAUGCUGCACCGCAGGAAUUGAACCCACUCACUCACAUAAGCAGUGAAUAUGUUUUGUUUGUGCCUGACUCGACUAGAGUCUCUAGACGCGUAUUGCAGUUGGCCUCAACUGCUCUGUCAUCAACAGCCAACAUGAUAGCAAUAGGAGUGGGUAAUGCCCACCUCAUUUGUCAGCAAAUCCACUGGGACUACCCUAACUGGACUCUACAGUACAACAAGAGUCCUCAGGAGAAGGACUGUGAUGCAGUUCACGGGCAGCAUGCACUGCUGAUGCGGACAUCUCUGUUAAAGUCUUUGCCCGAGCCAUUCAUGUUGCCAUUCCCUGAGUCUUUAUAUCUGCAGUCAACUGUGAGGAAAGUCAAGGUGGACAUCUUCAAUGGCAAGCUGGCAGCCGGCCGUGGAGUGCUAAAGACUCCUGCAGCCAAGCAGAGAGCCGCUCGUUACAUGAGGGAGCACCGGAGCACACUGUACAAGAAGCUGGGAGUCAAGGUGCUGCAAAAAGAUGAUGGCAGACUGCAGUGGUUUGGCUGCAAAAGAGAUACUCCGCGCUGCUUCCCAUCAGUACAAGGCACGCCAUCCUACGUCCUUUCUGGUCGCAACACGCCGGUCUGCUGCCGCCGCAACAUGCGCCGCGCCGCCCACCACGUGCUGCGCUCGCUGGCGGCCGCCGGCGCGCGCUGCUGGCUCGAGACCACGUCGCUUUUGGGCGCUGUUGUAAGCGGCGACCUGCUCCCGUGGGCGGAGUACGCGGAGGUGGGCGUGCACGCGGCGGACGUGGCGCGCGUGGCGUGGCUCAGCCGCGGCGGCGUGGAUGAUGAAGGGUUCGUGUGGGAGCGGGCCACUAAAGGUCGUUACUACCGAGUAGCGUACUCGUCCACCAAUCGCGUGUACGCGCUAGUGCUGCCCUUCGCGGCCAAGAACGGCACCAUGACGCCCGCCGACUGGGUGUUGGCGCACCAGCGGGAGUUCCCGGAGAGGCAUCUGCAUCCGCUUGCACAGAUCCAGUUCGCAAGUAAACAAGCACCCGCGCCCAACGACGCGCGCGCCUUCCUCGACAUCAAGCUCGGGAAGAACGCCGUCGACAGGAGCCUCCGUCUCGGACCUAAACUACUCUAUCCAUAGACUACAAAGCAUAGCCAUAAAGAAAAAAAUGCGUACUUUUUCGAUAGGCUACUUUUGAAGUUAGCUUGCUUAUGUUUUGCCCAAUGUCAUCAUGUUUCAAUAAUACAUACAAAAGACAGAC